UUCAUUUCAAUCAGUGCAACUCUUCCAAAAUACCGAUAACUUGGCUUUGUCGGAUGUUAGACAUUUUGAUUUUUAUAUAUUUAUCUAUUUAUCAAUAAAAAAAUCAUCUCUUAUAGUUAUAGUGGUAACAACGAUAUUAUGGAAAAUAUAGACGAUGGCCGAGAGAACUUAAACGGUUUCCUUGAAGAAGCAGAGCUUCAGCAGUAUUUUGAAUUAUUUAGAGAGGUGCUGAAAGUAACUAAGUUGUCGCAGCUCAAGUUUGUUGUCACAGAUGAUUUAGUACACAUAGGUUUGUCAAAACCUGAACAGAGAAGAUACAAAAAAAUAUACUCCAAAUAUUUUCCAAAUCCAUAUAUAACAAAGUUAAAGAAGUUGCUUAGUUCCAAUAGAAGAAAUGAUCAGUAUUCUCAUGGUCCCAACUCACAAGCCACUAUUGAGUUGCAACCAUUUCCCGAAAACAAUGUUAAAGUACCACCAAAACAUAUUAUAUCAAUAGAGGAUAUUACUAUAAAUAAGGAGCUUGGUAUGGGACAAUUUGGUGUUGUCCAACAAGGAACAUGGACUACAGGGAAUCAAAGAUUGCAAGUAGCGAUCAAAUGCCUCGGCCACGAACGCAUGACAUCCAAUUCGACAGAGUUCCUGAAGGAAGCAGCCGUGAUGCACAGCAUUGAACAUCCCAACAUUGUGCGUCUGUUUGGAGUUGUGUUGCACCUCGACUCUUUGAUGUUGGUGACAGAGCUGGCGCCGCUCCGCUCGCUGUUAGAAUGUCUGCGCGAGGUGUCUCUCAGGCCGAACUUCCCCGUGCCGAACCUCUGCGAGUUCGCGGAGCAAAUCUGUGAUGGGAUGACUUAUUUAGAAAACAAAAGACUGAUACACAGGGAUUUAGCAGCAAGAAACAUACUAGUGUUUAGCAAAGACAGAGUGAAGAUAUCAGAUUUCGGGUUGUCGCGUGCGCUGGGCGUAGGAAAAGACUACUAUCAAACAAAUUACAACGUGAAUCUCAAAUUGCCUGUCGCAUGGUGCGCGCCAGAAUGCAUUCUCUACUUACGUUUCACAUCGUUGAGCGAUGUGUGGGCGUUUGGCGUUUGUCUAUGGGAGGUGUUUACAUACGGGUUCCAGCCGUGGGCCGCUUUCUCCGGACAGCAGAUACUGGAGGCCAUAGACGCUCCCAACUUUCAGCGUCUGGAGAGACCGGAAUGCUGCCCCGAGGCGUAUUACAACACAAUGCUGGAGUGCUGGUCACACGAGCCGAGCGAUCGGCCCCGGUUUAAGGAGCUAGGGCCCAAGUUACGCGCAAUACGCCCGGAAGAGGUGCAAGCAGUGGUAGGUUUCCAGAAGCCUAGAGAUGGGCGGCGUGGCAGCUUCCUUGAAUAUAAGACUAAUCAGAUCAUUACAGUACUUGGAAAAGAAAACAUGACCAAGUCGUCGAUGUGGUACGGCGUGCUAGCUGGUGGCGCUUGCGGUUUGUUCGACCCGAACAACACGAAACCAUACAGCCGACAUGACAAGUGUUUAACCCUCGCGUCGCUGUCGCCACACCCAAGCCGGUCGAUGCGACCGCUGCUGAGGUCCGACGUGAAGCGGCACACUUACACCGGCAAGCGGUCCAUCCAGCGGAGCAUGAUAUCUAGUCCUCAGGGCGAGGUGAAACACACGGGCCACGUGGGCCUCGACGGCGCGUACUUCGGCGACAUAUCGUUUCUGGACCCCGCUGGUUGUCCGCCGCGCCAGAUCGUCCCUCCAUACAAGCCGUCAGAGGAUCUAGAACAGGUGCCCCUCAUUAAUCCGAACUCUCCGUCGCACCUCACCGGGGCGUCUUGCGCCUCCUCCUAUCCUCUGCUUAGCUCCAGACCCGAAAACAAAGCAGAUUGUGAUGAAGUUGAUCUACCUUGUGCAGAAACAAGAACGAAAAGUUUAAGGAGGCCAAGUCACAAAACUGUCUCAGAACCGACGACAAGUAAAAGUAUUCUCAAUAAGGUAAAAAAUGCAACACUGGGUAGAUCCCACAAAACAGACGACGGACAAGGGGCGCCUUCAAAGACCGACGAGGUACACGAGUAUCACGAAAUCUCCGAUACUGAUACGGAAAGCAUCGCGAUGGAACACGCUAGGGCAGAGUUUUUGGCACUUCCUGAGAGUCCUGGCAUACCUAAGGGUUACACGGAUUUCAGUCAAAGUUUACUCGACGAAAUGGAAUCAAUGUUUCGAAAUCUGGACUCAAAGAGAAGUGAACCAGGAUCGUCCAAUGCUGAAGCCUCUAGUAUCAGGGCGCACACACUCAGCAAAAGCGAUAGGAAAAAAAAUUCUCACACCGGCACCAUGAAGCCGAUGUCAGCGCAUGAUGAGAAAACUCUGGACACUGCCGUUGCUCUGGCAAAUGAAAUAACUACCAAGUCGAUGAUGGAUCUGGGCGGUGACUCCAAGCAGCCAAAAUCGCCAAACGAUAAGUCAAAAUUCCAUUUCAAGUUCCCACAACUGAAUUUACAUCACAACACACUGCAAGAGCUCGACAAGGACGCUGCAGCGAAACAAGAACGACGAAACUUCAGCGAAGAAGCGAAUAAAGUACCUGAUAUACAGACUGUAUUCCAGGCGACAAUAACAGAGGAAAGUAAAGCGGCGUACAUGUGCCUGAUCGACGAGCCGACUCCUACCACCUCUCUCAUAACCCAUAUCGCGAAGGAGUCCAACACACGCCACAAACCGGCCACAAUGCCGAAACCGGCGCGCAGCCCCACAGACCCGCGCCCGCAAUUCCACUCGCUGCAGAAACAAACAGCUGGUAAAACGAGAUUAAGGCCACUGUCUGCCGGCGAUGCGGAACAAAAAGAAAAAAAAGAUGUCAUAAACGAGCUACCUCUACCCCCGCGGACGACGAAACCGAAAUUAGUUGACAAACGGCGUCAUAUUCGGAAAUACCCACUUCGACUACCAAAUGACAUCAAAGAGCCUCAAGCCGGGCCGAGUUCUAGACAAAUCAUAUAUCAGAACGCCUUCACGCCUGUAGUCUGUCAAGUGCAAAUAGAAUACAAUCGUCAGCGUAACGGUGAUGAUGUGUGUGAUGGCGCGGGCAGUAGCGUCACCAAUCCCUUCUCGCAGCCAGGAUCGAGCUCUGCCAACCCCUUCAAUCCAUAUAUGGAGCCGAUAGAGAUCGACCUGCGCAGUGUCAGACGGGAAGACAGUGAUGAAGAUGACGACAUACAGUAUAUAAUUGAAGGGAGUUUGGUUAAAGACUGCACAGAUCACGUUUCAGUAGAGGAUUUACUGGAGUUCGCCGAUCAAAAGCCGUGCGGGCGGCAGCGCGGCGUCGAGUCAGACGAAGUCAGGAUCAUGAGAAAAGUAUUUAAACAGGAAGUCAGUGUAACGCCCGAAGAGUGUUUAGAAGCCCUGGAGCUAAGCGAUUGGAAUGUUCAUUUCGCUAUCAAGCUGAUGCGCGUGAGAAUACUGGUAGGUGACGUCACACUCGAAGACUGCUGUGCGGAGCUCGACAAGGCCAACGGAGACAUCAACAAAGCUUCCGCCAUACUCACGAUUUGCAAUCGUAAUAAAUAAACUAUAACUGUUAAUUUCCCUUGUGAUCCCAAAAUGUUAUGAACAGUGGUUAUAAAUUAAUGAAAUAACGAUGUGGAACUAGAUUAUAGUAGUUAAAAAAAAAAUGAUUACGUACAUUGGUAUGUGCAAUUAUUGAUUCUUGUAUGUAUUGUAUGUUUAUCGAUAAAUCAAAUCUCAGUAUCGAUUAGUCAGUAUUGCAUAUCGAAUAUAAAAAUUAUUAUAUGAAUACAAUUUCAUAUAUUACGAUGUAAAUAUCGAACUCUUACAAAAACUUAUUUCGCUGACGUCACGCUCACAAAAUCAUAGACGUGCCUGACAUAUUUUUUCUACAUUAGUUAUAAACAUUUAAAGUACUAGGUUCGUCGCUAUUUCUAUUGAAAUCUUAGUUAUUAAAAGUUUGAAGUGACAUCACAUUACACGCAAUAUUGGAAUGUAAGAUCAUAAUAUACAGUAUAGGGCGCGACCUACCGCUAGAUCAAAUUUGUGGUGUGUGAUUAUUUUUGUUCCGCCUUUGGUUGAUGAACUCAUUCCAGUGUAUUUGUCGAGCCCAUUAAUUUAAUAGCAUUAAGGAUGAAUGCCUGCAAUUCUCUAAUAUAGCAGUGCUGGCCAUAGACAUGUGCAAACGUGAUAAUAAACAAUCACACGAAUAUUGAUCAUUAAUUAGGUUUUACGGUUAAGUAUUGUUAGAUAUUAUGUAAAUUAUCUAUAUAUAGCGUCCAGGGUACCUUAUCACGCUAACCCGUUGACGUCAUAGCUGUUAGGUACAUUAUUGUGUAGCUAAUGAUUUCUGAUAGACCCCAGAGGGUGCGGGGAGGUGUGACGUAAAGCGGGGGGAUGGCGACAGUCUCAGGCAUGUACGAUUAUUUUACAAAUAAUGAAUUAUCGUGUAAUGAAUUCGUAAAUAAAUGUAUCACAUUUACCGUAAUGGACUAGUAAUUAAGGAAGCGUCAUUAACGAUCAUGGAGCUAUAUUUAAGUAACAAAACCUAUUGAAUUAACAUAAGGCAUUUACAGAACUGAUUUGUAAAUAUUAUUCGAGCUUUCGCUCUGGUAUGCAUUGCAUACAUUUAAUUUAGCAUUUAUCUUACUGUAUAAAGUUUCAUUUAGGUGAGUCCGGCAAUUUAGCUGACGAGAGUGUCAAAAAGGCUGCGUUCGGGUCAGUAAUUUGGGGCACACAAGCAGCUAGGAAUUGGGUCAAUGGAAGUAGAUCGCGACGACCCGCGCCCCUCGCCACUCCACGCGACAUCCUCGGGCUAAGCACCGCUUUACACCGGCGGACCGAUGCCGCUCCACUAAACUAUUUACCUUUAUACACAAUCAUGUAUAUAAACACUAAUGUAGUUCGAUAAGUAUUAUUUUUAAAUACAUAAUUUUUUUUUUAUUAAUAUACAAUGUGAUAUACUUUCCGGUAAUAAAGCGUAAUAGAAAAAAAAAUGAAAUUAUUCCACAUGCUGUUUGAAGGGUGUUCGCCCACCCUUUUCUGCCAUUUACAUUAUCUUCACUCGUAACAGAGACGGGGGUUAGAUAUUAAUAAACGUUUUAAUGUAGUUUGUUAGUAACAUGUCACAAUAUUUUGUAGAUAGCCGGUUCUUCCAAGUCUACUGUUAGUAGUUUUAUAUAUUUUCCUAUAUGUGAUAAGACAAGUCUGUAUACUACGGAAUUGCAAAAUUGAGAUCACAAGACUAAUGCAUGGACGGUUGUGUUGCGUAUUCGAAUUUAAUUUAAAAAAUUAUAAAUGAAAAGAAAAUAAUUAAAUGAUUAUUGUUUUAAGCUAAAUUGGUUUUUUAUAUUGUUUGUAAUAUUUUUUUAAUAAAUUUACAUGCCAUAUUUGGAAUUUGAUGUACUCUGGCAAAUUAACAAUGUCGAAGUAGAUAUAUUUUAUAAGAAUGCUUGGUACUAAUGUACAAUUUGUAUAUGUGAGCAACCAGCAGUGAACACUCGGCCUACAGUUAGUAGGUCAACACUGAAAUCCCCAACCCAAUCCAUUGAAGAGUUUGUUCAUAACUGCUUGCGCGGGGGAUUUCACGUAUUAAAUUGAAAUAUAAUCUUUAGAUGAGAUUUUAACUCAAGCCAGAAGAAUUUACUGUGCAUUUUUGUUCAUCACAGUUGUGUGAGUUACUUUUAGUGCUGGUGCGCCAAGAUAAUGAUGAAGUUGAAAUUCGUUCGUAGAUAUUGUUUUAAACUUAAAUAUAAAAUAAGUGUAUUGAAUAAAAUAUUACAUCUGUGACAA